CCAAUAAACCCACAUUCGAUUUCGUUCAUUCGACUUGUCACCGGCAACGCACGCGCACGCUGCUGCACUUUAUUAUUUUUUAUUAUUAUUUCUAUCGUCAUUAUCAUCGUCAGUGUCGAUCAUUCCCAUCGCAUUCCGCGUAUUUAUUGUACCGUUGUACGCAGUCCACGCGACAAACACCGCGGUCUACGGUUUUGCUUCUUUUUCUCGACGUUUUAACCUUUUCGUUUCGUCUUGCGUUCAGCUCAACCGAACCCUGUGGCAGUGCGCCGUUUGUACUUUUCGUCCGCCCCUUUACGUGGAUUAAUAAUAUAUUAUACAUAUUCGACGUUCGCGCCACUGCACUGCACUGUAAUACACCUGCAGUGCUUCAACAUUCUUUUUCAAGAGUAAAUGGGUUUUACGACUGAACAAUGAGUGUAAGAACAUCUACUUGUUUGAUUUCUUUGAGUAUCCUUUUAGGAUUCAUUUUGUUCGUCAAAGGUGAACAUUUUUAUUUACCCAAGGAAAAUAAUGAUUUCUCUAAUGAUUUGCAAGACGACUGGGUACCGGUAUCUGGUAUCGAUAAAAGGUCAACUAGACUCAACAAUGGAUUUUCACAGGUAGUGCAUAUUACGCCACCCGUCCGGUAUACCAACCGACCACUCAACCUACAACCGGCAGCUUCUAACAAAAUUGAAGUGUUCGCUCAACCACCACCCACUAUAUUAGGUUCUUUUAGUGAAUUCGGUCAUGCAACUAUCGAAGCACGAGAGCCAGCACACACUUUAAAUUUCAGGCCUAGCUACAACUUUGAUAGACAUUACGAAGAGACUAACGACCGACGUUUUCAACAGAAUGAUUUCAAUGAACCAGAAGACCAAAAGCCUCCCGCAAUCGUAGUUUUCAACGCUCAACAACGUCACCCUCAAAAUUAUCAAAAACCACCACCACCACAACCACCUCCACAAUUCUACCAAAACUUCCAAUUCCAUAACAUCAACAACAAUCCUAACAAUUACAACAGCAACCCCAACAAUUACAACAACAACCCCAACAAUCACAACAACAACCCCAACAAUUACAACAACAACCCCAACAAUCACAACAACAACAAUAACAACCAUAAGAGCUUUGGGUUCAAAGAGCCACCAAUCGUACAAGAUCCCCCUAAAAAACUGACACCAUAUUAUGUGCCCAAUGAUCAUAUUUUCCCGAGACCACAGGGUAAUAACAAACAAGUGUACGCAGAACAACGGCCAAAACCUUAUUUAGUGAGCCCCUCAGAUUCAAUACAACAACAGCCACAACAAAAUAAGCAACAACACCAACACCACCACCACAACCACCACCAACAACAACAACAACAACUAAAACAGCAGCAAGAGCAGCAGCAGCAGCAGCAGUACAAAUCGUCUACAGAAAGUGAACCAUCGGAGUAUUUCCAAAAGUAUCCAGGUCAUGUCGAAAACCAAAACUUGUACCCACAGAUCUCGAAUUUCGCACGACCGUUUGAACAGACGAACGGAGACCAAAACGUAUUUAUAAAACCCAAUCAGUAUGUGCACAACCUGAACGUAGGCACAGAAGUGCGGUUCGGCCAGGAACACGGCAGCCAACCGACCCGUCCAGUGACCGUGGACUUGUCGACUGCGUUUACGCACCCAGCGACCAGGCCAUUCAGCAAAUACCAGACACCGACACCUAAAAACGAAGAGCUUUAUCGGAUAUUCCCGGUGAAGGAAGUCAACGCGCUGCCCGCCUUUCUGCCUACUCCGGUUACGCUGGGCCACCAGCAACCCUCUGACGGACGUCCAAAGGCGCCGUACUUCAAGGACGCUACGGUGGGUGGUUCGUCAGAGUACGACGCUCGCGAGGAACAGGACGAGAACGAGUCCAGCGAGCAGUAUGACAUAUUGAAAAGUCCUACCAAGCCGAUGUUAACCUCGACCUCGACCACGACUACAACCACGACCACGGUCGCGCCCAAGACAACGCGUAAGCGAAAACCAACCACGACGACGACUACCACUACGACCACCGCCGUGCCGGACGACUACGAUGAGUAUGCAGUACCUAAUCGUCAACAGUUACAGUUACAAGAACACCAACAGGACUACCGACCACGACAGCAAUACCAACAACACCAGGAUUACGAAACGGUAAUUGUCCCCACAACUGAGGCGUCGACGACUUACGCACCGGUCAGAGAAGAACGACCGGUUCCGGUGUCGGUGAAUAAGUUUAAGAAAAAGAAACCAUUGCCGUCAUCCAGGCCCAAAGAACCAUACCCGGCAGUUGAAUACGAAAACGUGCCUGAACGAGUGACGUUGGCACCGACCACCACUACCACGACCGCAGCGACCACGACUGCGGCUACCACGACGACCACGACCGCAUCUCAGCCGAGUGCCUCCGACGCUGCAGCGGCGGAUGCGCGGGCAAAAAUAAAAUCCAAGUACGGAAACGGUACGCGACCGCGAUUCAGUAUCAAAGACUAUAAAACCUCGACCACUACGACGAGCACCACCGCACCCAGUACGGAGAAAGCGUCAUUUACAGUAGGACGGAGGACGACGACCACCGCAAGUCCCACGCCCACGGAUCCGGAAACCGUUGAACAACCCGGCAACACGACGGCCCGGAAGUCGUACAAACCGCGGGUCCGGCCCAACCGGUACAAGGCUGGUACAUCGACGACAACUACCACGGACGAACCACAACAACAACAGCAACAGGACACCACCACGGAACGUGCGUACCGGAGCAAGUAUAAGCCUGGCAAGUACUACAACAGGCUGAGGACGAGCACCGACUCAGCGGUGGCGGUGGUGGACGAGGGCAGCGAACUGGUGACCGCCACGGAGCCGACCAGACCGGCAGUGUACUCGGCCAAACGGCGGACGGUGCCGACCAUCAGGACGGCCGCGGUGCAGCCGGCCACGGUCGCAGCGGCCGAAGAGUACAACGCGCUCAGGAGGAGCUCUUCCGUGUCGCCACUCGACGAGAACACGUCUUCUGAGGCGAUGGAUGCCGCGUCUUCCGAAGACGUAGACUAUGUCGCAACCACGGUCGCGGUAACUCCGGCGGCACCGAGGCACAAGUAUCACACCUCGUAUGCGGCCGACAGACCGCUGUUGCCCAUAGAGUCGUUCUUCCAGUCGUCAAUGGCUAGUAAACGGCACCACAACGAACAGCGAUGAUCGCCGGUGCUAUAUAGUAGCUGCUCAACACAUAAUAAUAUUAUAAUAAUGAUAACCUUAUUAUUAGAACCGUAUCGCCACAGGUGCUCACGACAAACAGCCGAGAAAUAUCCGACCACGCGACGCAGAAUGGUUAUUACGCAUUAUAAUACGCACGCGUCGACCCUCAGUCCUACACAAUGUACACAUAUUAUUAUAAUAUAAUAAUAUUGAUUGAAAAUAUACUUUUGUAGUAUAAAAAAUAUGAUCAUAUCGAUGUCAAUAUAGAUUUUCAUAACUAAGUAUUCACCCCUGUUUUAUUUCAUUAAUUACUUAUAAAUUAUUCGUCGAAACGAGCGUAUAUUGAAUGAUCGGAUAUUUCUAGGCUUUUGUGUAAUUCAAUAUAAUAAUUUUAAAUAUCUUUAUUGCGUUACAACGUCGUCGUUAUGCUAUAUAUUAAAUUUUGUACUACGACAUAAUAAUAUAUAUGUAUACACUUCUAUACUCAUUAUAUGUAUAGACGUAUAUAGUCUCAUCGUUGACCACUCUCCCCUAUUUAAAUUAUAUCUAAUUAAUAUUUCGUUGUGACAUUAUUAUUGUAGUACGUAGUUUAUUUUUUUAGAACUGUACAUAAAAAAUAAUAUUUA